GAGCCCCGCGGCUGUGCUCGCAGCCAGGCGCGGGGCUUUGAUGGAUCUCACUGCCUGCGUGAGCGCCACUGUGUGCUCACUGCAGCGGCGGCGGCGGCCGGGCCCUACCCGGCCCGUGCGGCCCCCGCGCGCUUCCGAGGAGCCCGGCUGGAGCGCCCGCCCCGCGGCCUCGCCUCCCCGCCGAGCCGCCAGCGCCUCGGGACGCGAUGAGGACCUGGGCUUGCCUGCUACUCCUCGGCUGCGGAUAUCUCGCCCAUGCCCUGGCCGAGGACGCCGAGAUCCCCCGCGAGGUGAUUGAGAGGCUGGCGUACAGUCAGAUCCACAGCAUCCGGGACCUCCAGCGACUCCUGGAGAUAGACUCCGUAGGGGCCGAGGAUGCUCUGGAAACGAGUGUGAGAGCCCAUGCAGGCCGGGCCCCCAAGCAUGCACCUGAGCAGCGGCCCGUGCCCAUCCGGAGGAAAAGAAGCAUUGAGGAAGCCAUCCCCGCGGUCUGCAAGACCAGGACCGUCAUUUACGAGAUACCUCGGAGCCAGGUCGACCCCACGUCCGCCAACUUCCUGAUCUGGCCGCCGUGUGUGGAGGUGAAGCGCUGUGCGGGCUGCUGCAACACCAGCAGCGUCAAGUGUCAGCCCUCCCGCGUCCAUCACCGCAGCGUCAAGGUGGCCAAGGUGGAGUACGUCAGGAAGAAGCCAAAGUUAAAGGAAGUGCAGGUGCGGCUGGAGGAGCAUCUGGAAUGCACGUGCACCGCCGGAGGGCCGAACCCCGACCACCGGGAGGAGGAGACGGGAAGGCGUAGGGAGUCAGGUAAAAAACGGAAAAGAAAAAGGUUAAAACCCACCUAACGCAGCCAACCAGAUGUGAGGUGAGGAUAAGCCAGCAGCCCUUUUCCGGGACACGGAUGUACAUGGCGUGUUACAUUCCUGAACCUACUAUGUACGGUGCUCAUUGCCAGCGUGCGGUCUUUGUUCUCCUCCGUGAAAAACUGUCUCCAUGCACACUCGGGAGAACAAAGAGACAGUAUACAUUUGUUUAAUGUGACAUCAAAGCAAGUAUUGUAGCACUCGGUGAAACAAUAAGAAGCUUCCUUGUCAAAAAAAAAAAGAGAGAGAGAGACAGAGCAAACAGAACCACAAAACAUGACAAACAAAACUGACUCACAAAAAUAUCUAAACAGUUGUCGGAAUGGAGGGACACCCCGUGGGAUGGAAGCGACGUGCCUCGGCCGACCGGAUUUCUGUCCAGGGUCACAGGUGCUUCUGCCAGGGACACAGCCUGCUUUCUGGAGGAUUCCGGGCGGGGGCUGAGGGCCCUGCGGGGCACAUGGGAGCAGGGAUGUCCCAGAACUGCCACGGGACUUAGAAACACAUCUCCUUGCUGUAGUGUUUAAGUCUAUACAGAAACCUUCCCGAGAGCCUUAAGUGGAUUUUUUUUUUUUUUUUUUUUUUUUUUUUUUUUUACACACCAUAAAGUGAUUAUUAAGCUUUCCUUUUUACUCUUUGGCUAGCCCUUUUUUUUUUUUUAAUUAUCUCUUGGAUGACAUUUACACCGAUAACACCAGGCUGCUGUAAGUCAGGACAGUGGGACCGUAUCUCCCCUCGCAGGAUGCGAACAAAUGAGAUGUAUUAAAAUAAACAUGGUAUAUCCACCUAUGCAUCACUUCCUAAAUGUUUCUGGCUUUACGUGUUUGUCCCCUGCCCCCACUUUAUCUUGCCUUUUAAUUUAAGCCAUUUCGAGAGAACUAUGCGUGAACCAAUCGAGUCCGUCCCGGGCCUGCCGCUCCCAGUCCUCGCCUUGGCGAGGUGGCCCUGUGCCAGUGUUUGGACAGAAUCUGAAUUCUUUAUUUUUGGUAAGAUGUUACGCUUUACAUGUAUUCAACAGAAAUGUGUGUGUGUGUUGUGUUUUUGUUUUUGUUUUGUAAAGGUGAAGUUUGUAUUUUUAUCUAAUAUUACCAGUUUUGUAUA